CGGCGACUCAAUUGCAACAGAUCAUUACACAUCAUCUUGAAGUUUCUGAGAGUUAAAUGAUCUAAUUAGUUAAGAGUUAUCCCGUGACAUGAAUGAACAGACAUGCUGGGCUAAUCAAACUUGGCCUUGACAGCAAUCCUAUACACGCCUCCAAACUCAUUGCCGAGUACGCACGUUUCCCAUCGCCCAGCUCACUGAGUCAUGCACACCGAGUCUUCGAUCAAGUGCCUUUCUACCUCCAAGACACCCCUCUAUGGGCCUCUCUCAUCUCCCUCUAUUCCCGCUCCCACCAACCCCACAAUGCCCUCCAUCUCUUCUUCCAUAUGCUGCGCCCGCCCCAGGCCGUCUCUAAUGCCCUGCCCAAUACUUACGUCUUUGCUUCCGUUGCUCGGGCCAUCGCUUCAGCCCCGGAGCAGCUUUCUCUAGGUCAAACCCUUCAUGCCCACGUCAUCAAGGCUGGGUUUCUACCGCAGGACGUCGUUGUUGAGACAGCUUUGGUGGAUAUGUAUGCAAAAUGCCGGGUUGUAACAUGUGCGUACAAGCUGUUUGAUGAAAUGCCUCGCAGAAACUUGGUGACUUGGAAUGCGAUGAUUUCUGGAUAUAUUCAAAACGGAAUGGACUUGAUGUUGGGAGAGCAAAUGCAUGGGUUUGCAAUUGUUAGUGGGUUCGAGUUGAAUUGUUUGAAUGCGAUAGCUACCAUGUACUUUCAUUGUGGUGAAGUUGGUUCGGCUGAGAAAGUUUUGGAUGGAAUAGGUGGGGAUUUUUUUGUAACGCUGACAAAGAUUAGAGGGUAUGUUUCUAACGCCAAGUAUCGUGAUGCUUUAAAUUGUAUAUCUUCUGCCAACAACGGCAUUAUGAUUUUGCGUCAGGACCAUAAAGUGAUUGUUCCUCUUUUAACUGCGUGUGCAAGGCUUUGUUUGCUCAGAGUGGGAAAGCAGCUUCAUGGACUUUUCAGUACUUUGGUCGAGUCAUGUUUCCAAUUUAACUUGUCAUAUGAAGAUGGAGCAAUCAUUGGAUGUGCUUUGAUUGAUAUGUAUAGCAAGUGUGGGGAUGUUUGUGAAGCUCGGAAAGUUUUUGAUCACUUGCUGCCUCAAAAUGUUUCCCAUGGAAAUUCAAUGAUGUCUGGUUAUAUAUAUAAUGAAUUAAUUGGAGAUGCUAGGGCUUUGUUGGAGAUUUUGCCGGAAAAAAACGUUGUUUCUUGGACCACCAUGAUGACAGGGUAUGUGCAGAGCGGUAAGCCAAAAGAAUGUUUAAGUUUACUGGCAGAGAUGUAUUGUAGCAAAGAAGGGUUGAUAGGUAACUGCUUGACUUUUGUGGUUAGUCUUGAGGCAUGUAGUUAUUUAACAGAUCUGGAAAAUGGAAAGCAGAUUCAUGCAAAAGUUGUUCGGACAUUAGUGAGUGCGGCCACUAAUAAUGUAGUCAUUGGAACAGCUCUGAUAGAUAUGUAUUCCAAGUCCGGAAAAUUGAAUUAUGCGCGGACAGUUUUUGAUUUGAUGGUGGAGAAAAAUGUUGUGGCAUGGACAUCUAUCAUCAUGGGCCAUGCAGUUCACGGUAACGGAUUUGAUGCCCUAAAACUUUUUCACCAGAUGAUUGGAAUGGGCGUUGAACCAAAUGAAGUAACAUUUGUUGCUGUGUUAACGGCUUGUAGUCAUUGUGGUUUGAUGGACAAUGGAUUGCAGUACUUCAAGAUGAUGAAGAAGUAUGGUUUAGUUCCAAGGGAAGACCAUCAAACGUGUCUGAUUGAUAUGUUGGGACGCUUUGGCAGGCUCGAUGAAGCAUUUCAUCUGCUUGAGGAAAUUGAAGAUACAGAUUCCAAUUGCGAGUCCUCUUAUGGUACUGCAUGGGCUGCAUUACUUGGGGCUAGUCAGUUACAUGGGAACAUAAAACUAGGGGAAAGGAUAGCUAAAAGAAUGGUGAACAGAAACCAAACUUCUACAGCCCACGUUACUCUUUCUAAUGUUUAUGCAGCAGCUGGAUUGUGGGAUGAAGCAUAUGGGGUGAGAGAGAGCUGGAGAAGAGAAGGGGACGUUAAUGGUGAGCCUGGUUUUAGUAGCAUCAGCACGCACCUUCAGAACUCGUGAUCUUGACUUGUUAAUUAGAGAAAGCUGUGUCACUGGCAUAGAGAUGCUAUUUUUUGUUGCUUGUGGACAGCACUUUCUAUCUGAAAAAAAGUUCGUACAUUGAUGAGCUGAUUGGCAAAAAUUUGUAUGCAACUCAACUCUGCUUUGGCUGUCAAAUGUAAUCUUUAGUGUUAAUGAUAAAAAUCUCAUCAUCCAAA